AUGCUACAUAAAAAAGAAACUAACGAUACAUUUGUUCAAUUAAAUAGAAGUCCAUCUACGGGAGAACAAAAAUCUUCCGGCAUUUGGUCAUCAAUUAAAGAUUCAUUCAAACCAGCCUUACCACAAGAUAAACUCACGGGUGUAGAUGAUAUCCCUGAUAGAGAACUUACCGAUAUUGAAAGAAUCAACAUCAAUGCUGCCAAUUCCAAUUUACAAAGAAAAUUGAAAACAAGACAUUUACAAAUGAUCGCUAUUGGAUCAUCUAUAGGAACCGGUCUUUUCGUUGGUACUGGUGGUGCAUUAAGUACUGGUGGACCAGCUGCCAUUGUUCUAGCAUGGGCCAUAAGUGCUAUAUCGGUAUUUAUGACAAUGCAAGGAUUAGGUGAAUUGGCCGUUGCAUUCCCAGUUUCUGGUGGAUUCAAUUUAUACGCAAGUAAAUUUUUAGAACCAGGUAUUGGAUUUGCUGUUGGUUGGAAUUAUUUCUUACAAUUCUUUGUAUUAUUGCCAUUAGAAUUAGUUGCUGGUGCUAUAACUAUCAAAUAUUGGAAUGCUAGUAUAAAUUCUGAUGUGUUUGUUAUUAUAUUUUGGUUUGUGGUGCUUGUGAUCACCAUGUUGGGUGUAAGAUGGUAUGGUGAAGCUGAACUUGUAUUUUGUACCAUCAAAGUCAUUGCUGUUAUUGGAUUUAUCAUUUUAGGGAUUGUGUUAAUUUGUGGUGGUGGACCAAAUCAUGAAUUUAUUGGAGGUAAAUAUUGGAGAGAACCGGGUCCUUUUGCUAAUUCUUUUAAAGGUUUCGCUAGUUCACUUAUCACCGCUGCAUUCUCUUUUGGUGGUACAGAAAUGAUUGCCUUGACAGCAAGUGAAAGUUCAAAUGUUAGACAUGCAUUACCCAAAGCCAUUAAACAAGUGUUUUGGAGAAUUGUUAUAUUUUAUUUGGGAUCAAUUAUUAUGAUUGCAACUUUAGUUCCUUAUAAUGAUAAAAGAUUACUUGGAAGUUCAUCUGUUGAUGUCACUGCAUCUCCAUUCACUAUUGCCAUUGUUAACGGUGGAAUCAAAGGUUUACCUAGUGUCAUCAAUGCCGUGAUUUUGAUAUCGGUAUUAUCUGUUGGUAAUGCUUCAGUAUAUGCAACUUCAAGAACUUUAAACUCACUUGCUGAACAAGGAAUGGCACCUAAAUGGACAGGAUAUAUUGAUAGAGCCGGAAGACCAUUAUUUGCUAUUCUUAUCACCAAUGUAUUUGGAUUAUUUGCCUUAAUUGCUGCUGAUAAUGAGAAACAGGUGGUUGCUUUCAAUUGGUUAUUGGCUCUUUCUGGUCUUUCAUCAAUUUUCACCUGGAUGAGUAUUAACUUGAGCCAUAUACGUUUUAGAAGAGCCAUGAAAGUUCAAAAUCGUUCAUUAACGGAAUUACCAUUUGUUGCUCAAAGUGGGGUUUGGGGAUCAUAUUUUGGGUUAACUUUAAACAUUUUGUAUUUAAUUGCUCAAUUUUAUAUUGGAUUAUUCCCUGUUGGUGGUAAACCAAAUGCUUAUGAUUUCUUUUUGGCAUAUUUGGGUGUUCCAGUGAUUUUAGCAUCAUGGAUAGGUUAUAAAAUUUGGAAAAGAGAUUGGACAUUAUUUAUCAGAGCAAAAGAUAUUGACCUUGAUACUGGUAGAAUCAAUGUUGAUUUAGAUUUGUUACAACAAGAAAUAGCUGAAGAAAAAGCUCAAUUAGCUGAAAAACCAUUCUAUAUUAGAAUUUAUAGAUUUUGGUGCUAA